ACCACUGCCACGAUCACAGUCUCAUGCUCUAAGGGGUGGAUGUUCUGAGGAGUAAAUGGAGUGAAACAAGAGCGUACUUCUCACAGGCACUGCCCAGGGCUCAUAGCUGUGCUUCUCUCCUCCUGGUAGCCCAAUCUUGAAACGAAGCCCUGACAUCACCAAAUCUCCCCUGACCAAGUCAGAGCAGCUGCUGCGAAUAGAUGACCAUGACUUCAGCAUGAGACCAGGUUUUGGAGGCCCUGCAAUUCCUGUCGGGGUGGAUGUCCAAGUUGAAAGUCUGGACAGCAUUUCUGAGGUGGACAUGGACUUCACCAUGACGCUUUACCUGAGGCACUACUGGAAAGAUGAGAGGCUGUCCUUCCCCAGCACCAACAACCAAAGCAUGACCUUUGAUGGCAGACUGGUGAAGAAGAUCUGGGUGCCUGACAUGUUCUUUGUCCACUCCAAGCGUUCCUUCAUCCACGACACCACCACAGACAACGUCAUGCUGCGGGUCCAGCCAGAUGGGAAGGUACUUUAUAGCCUCAGCAGUGAGUGCAGGUUGCAAUGCUUCCUGAAUGCUGGGGAAGGACAAAGGCUCCCUGACAGAGUUACAGUAACAGCAAUGUGCAACAUGGAUUUUAGUCGCUUUCCCCUGGACACGCAGACAUGUUCCCUGGAGAUUGAAAGCUAUGCUUACACUGAAGAUGACCUUAUGCUCUACUGGAAGAAUGGGAACGAUUCCCUAAAAACAGAUGAGAGGAUAUCACUGUCCCAGUUCCUGAUUCAGGAAUUUCACACCACCACAAAGCUUGCCUUUUACAGCAGCACAGGGUGGUACAAUCGCCUCUAUAUAAACUUCACAUUACGCAGACACAUCUUCUUCUUCCUGCUCCAAACCUACUUCCCUGCCACUCUCAUGGUCAUGUUGUCCUGGGUGUCCUUCUGGAUCGACCGACGAGCAGUUCCUGCCAGAGUCCCGUUAGGAAUAACCACCGUGCUGACCAUGUCCACAAUCAUCACUGGGGUAAACGCCUCCAUGCCUCGUGUUUCCUACAUCAAAGCAGUGGACAUUUACCUGUGGGUCAGUUUUGUGUUUGUCUUCCUCUCGGUGCUGGAAUACGCAGCUGUGAAUUACCUGACAACGGUGCAAGAGCGGAAGGAGAGGAAACUGCGGGACAAGCCUGCCUGUGCAUGCAGCCUACCUCAGCCCCGGACCAUGAUGGUGGACGGCAGCUACAACGACGGGGACGUGAACGAGCUGGGGCACUUCAUGUCCGAGGAUGGGGACAAGCAGGACCGGAUGAUGGUGCAGCUGGCACUGGGCUCGGAGAGAGGCUCGGCCAGGAGGAAAAACCAGAGAUACGUCAGCAUGCGCAUCGACACCCACGCCAUCGACAAGUACUCCAGGAUAAUAUUCCCUGGGGCAUACAUUCUAUUUAAUUUGAUAUACUGGUCCAUUUUUUCAUAGAGAUUCGUAACUUCUGUAGUCACAGAGCAUUGUGACAUGAAAUGAAAGUACAGUCUCAUAGGCUAAGAGAAAGAAAAUAGAGAAUUGUUUUAUUUGGAAGGAAGAUUGAUUUUUUUUCCAGGAUUUAACUUUUUUUAUUAGAGGCAACUCACAUGUGGCAUAAAUAAUUGUGGAAGUUUCACAUGUCAGCAAAAUAUAGGAUACACAAUCUAAAAUUUUAUACUUAUUUAAAGAUGUGCUAUAUUCCUUCUUGUGCCUCACAGGCCACUGUAAACUAUUUUAACAAGUGACUAUAAUUGCCAGUUGUUUAUAUAUGGUGCAUCCUCCAUUUUGUGCCCCUGAAAUCCUAAUUCUCUGAGUACCUGAACGCAUGCAUCUCUCAGCUCAGCAGACUGACCACAUUCAAUACCAAUUAAUACAAGAAUAUGCAAAUACUUGCAUGUUUGCAGAAUGAGGUCAUAAAUUGUAAUUACAAACACAAAAUGUCCAGUACUGGGAAAUGCUUAGGCAAGGUUAUUGAUGGCUACAGCUUUCACAGCUUCAUACAUGACUAAUGAGCAGUACUGCACUGGCAGGUCAGUGUAGCAAUACUUUCAGACUUGUGCUGUCUUAAUAGUAUUUAAAACACAGAAAUAUUUUCAAACUGUCUUGACUAAGAUAUUAAAAUGUGUUGUAAUUUAA